UUCAUUACAAUGUCUCCACAAGCAGAUCGCGAUCUAACUUCUCUCAUUCGACGUGCCAGAAUGAAAUUUUGCAACGAGGCCAAAGAAGAUUUGGUUAAUGUAUUGAAUAAUUUUAAAGACCUUAAACCAGAUAUUAGCAAUUUUACUUUUGGUGAUGGAAUAAACAAAAAUUGUUUAACUUUGGAUGGAACUAUUCCGAUACAUUAUAAGGGAGGGAAUUACCACAUUCCAGUAAUUCUUUAUUUUCUUGACAACCAUCCUUAUAUGGGACCUCAUUGUUAUGUCAAGCCGACUCAGAAUAUGCGCAUUAAACCGUCUAAAGUGGUCGAUUCUGCUGGGAGAAUUUAUUUACCUUAUUUGUCUGAGUGGCAAUAUCCAAAUUAUGACACUGCUGGUCUUCUUCAAGUUAUCACUAUUAGUUUUCAAGAAAAAUGUCCAGUUUAUACUGUUGUGUCGCCUGCAAAUAACAGCAGCAACAACAAUCAUUCGACUUCUCAACAGCCACCCUAUCCUUGCUCAAAUCCAACUCCAAAUGCAUAUCCUAGUGUGUCACCUCCUUAUCCAAGCGUUGAUCCGCCUUAUCCGACAGUCGAACAUCCAUCUAAUUUGAUGCCUCAACCUAAUGUUGGAGGAUUUCCUGCACCAACUCACUACCAACCAGUUCCUCCUCCAUAUCCAUCUGUUGAACGUAGUUCUAUCUCCGCAAAUCCGACUGCUUUGGGUACAGGUUAUGGUUAUUCAAACAGCACAAUUCAACCGACACAUAUAAGAGCAAGUCUGUUAAGCGCUGUAGAAGACAAAAUUCGACAAAAAGUUCGCAACAAAAUUGAAAUUCCAUUUGCUGAAUUGCAAUCAGUUGAUGCAAAUCUUCGUGAUUUACACAGUGGAAAACAAAAAUUGAGAGAAAUGAUGGAAAGUAUUACACGGGACCAACAAGAACUUGAUCGAAUUCUUGGAGUUUACACGUCUAAAAAGGAGGAAUUUGAAAAGGCUUUAAAAACAACAGAAGCAAGCGGGUCAGAUUUAAAUCCUGAAGAUGCUAUUGAUGCACAAAAGCUUGUACAUAAACAAAUUUUGCGAUGUUAUGUUCAAGAUUGUGCAAUCGACGACACAAUUUAUAGCUUAGGGCAAUCACUUAAACGCGGUUCAAUCAAUCUGCAGACUUAUUUAAAACAUGUACGUCAACUAUCUCAUCAACAAUUUCAACAUCGAUUGUUAAUGCAAAAAUGUCGUGAACGGGCCCAUCUUCCAAUUUGA